UAUAAGAAUGGAGAAAGAAAAACCGGUGGAGCCACUCUUCACAACAGUGGCCUCCCUCGCUCUCUCUCCCGCCAGUGCAGUGCCCUAACCCAACCACUACCACCACCCCUCGCCACUUUAAUACCGCUCUCUCUCUCUCUCUCUCUCUCUCUCUCUCUCUCUCUCUCUCUCUCUCUCCAUAACACAGCCAGGCAAUAGAAAUUAAAGUUCUUCACUUUGAUUCAGAACAGUAGCUCAAAUCACAGAACAAUGGCUAUGAAUUUGGUUAAUAAGUGUUCUCGUGGAACUCAGCUUCUUUCUCUUCCAUUCCAACGCCAAGUCAGCCUGUUCACUUUUUCUUCAGCUACAGAAGCUCAUCUUUCAGAUGAAGAUGUCAAUGAAAUUCCCCAAACUACCUGUAACACCAAUCUAUCCGCAGACGAAACACUUGUCACUGAAAAAUUACACUUUCUUAUCAAAAGUCACCACCAAAAGAAUCCUAGUCCAGACUCUAAUCCCUCUCCUCCAAACCAUAACUUCACAAUCCCAGAUCUUUCUCUCGGUUUCUCCCAAGUAUCAGCCCUCCAUUCUAUCUCACCUGCUGUUGUUCGCCGUGUGGUUGAGAAAUGUGGUGGGGUUCGCCAUGGCAUCCCUGUCCUCCAAGCUCUGGCGUUCUUCAACUGGGCCACUGCACUUGACAGUUUCAAUCACUCGCCCGAGCCAUACAAUGAGAUGAUCGACCUUGCUGGGAAGGUGAGACAGUUUGACAUUGCUUGGUACAUUAUUGAUUUGAUGAAAGCUCGAAAUGUGGAGAUCACUGUUGAGACCUUAGCAAUCCUUGUGCGGCGUUAUGUUAGGGCCGGAUUUGCUGCAGAAGCAGUGCACGCCUUUAAUCGUAUGGAGGAUUAUGGUUGCAAGCCUGAUAAGAUUGCUUUCUCUGUAGUGAUCAGUAAUUUGUGCAAGAAAAGAAGAGCAAAUGAAGCUCAAGCCUUUUUCGAUAGCUUAAAGGACAAGUUUGAGGUUGAUGUUGUUCUAUACACAAAUUUGAUUCAUGGGUGGUGUCGUUCUGGUAACAUUACUGAAGCUGAGAGGAUUUUCAAGGAGAUGAAGGUAGCAGGGAUUAAGCCUAAUGUGUAUACUUACACGAUAGUGAUUGACGGUUUGUGUAGAUGCGGGCAAACUACUCGUGCUCAUGAUGUUUUCUCAGAGAUGAUCGACGUCGGUUGCCAACCAAACUCAAUUACUUUCAAUAACUUGAUGCGUGUUCAUGUCAAGGCUGGACGUACCGAAAAGGUUUUGCAAGUGUUUAAUCAGAUGAGGAAGCUUCAGUGCCCUGCUGAUACCGUUACAUAUAAUUUUCUUAUAGAGUGUCAUUGUAAAGAUGAGAAUCUGGACGAGGCUAAUAAGGUACUUAAUUCGAUGAUUAAGAAAGGGUGUAAUCCGAAUGCAUCAACUUUUAAUCCAAUAUUUAGGUUGAUUGUGAGGCUUAAAGAUGUCAAUGGUGCCCAUCGAAUGUAUGCGAGGAUGAAGGACUUGAAUUGCAAGCCCAACACUGUUACUUACAAUAUAUUGAUGCAAAUGUUUACUGAAUUCAAGUCUACUGAUAUGGUGUUGAAGCUGAAAGCAGAAAUGGACCAAAACGAAGUUGAGCCUAAUGUGAAUACAUACAAGGUUCUCAUUGUGAUGUUUUGUGGGAUGGGGCAUUGGAAUAAUGCUUACAAGUUCUUUAGGGAGAUGAUUGAAGAGAAGUGUUUGAAACCGAGUCUGUCUCUUUACGAAAUGGUACUGCAGCAGCUAAGGCAAGCCGGGCAGUUACAAAAGCACGAAGAAUUGGUGGAGAAGAUGGUUGCUAGGGGAUUUGUUACUCGUCCAUUGUAGUCAUAAGCAUACAAUUUUUUUUCUUCAUAGUGUUGAGCUGUUUUUGUAUUCUUUUUCUUUAAUUAAAAAUUGUGUUGUACUUCUGGGUUCAUUUUGUACCCAACUCAGAUCCUCUUUUAUAAACCCCAAAACAUUGAAAAUCUCUCUUCAUUUCUCUCUUAUUUGUACUAUGUAUCUCACACAGUCCACUGAUUAUUCUCACUGAGUUCUUCCAUUACAACUCGAUAGAGAUUCAAGGGAUUUGAGCUUAAGUUUUGGGGGUUUAAGUUUAA